AUGGCCUCAGAGUCCCUCAUUCUCACUACCGAAAACUCACAACACGACAUUACUGUCGGCACGAUUAAAUGCACAGCACCAAUUCCCUUUGGAGGCGAAGAGCAAUGGCUCUACCUGCCGGCCACCAAGAAGUUCGACCUGUCGCGGGGGUCGCAGCAGAAGAUGGUGUUUGAAUGUGACGAGGAGGACCGCAACCACAGCGGCUUCAUGAUCGAUCCGGCCACAUCGGUUCUUAUCGUCGUCGACAUGCAGAACUACUUCAUCAACCCUAUCUACCGGGACCACGCCGCCGGGAUUGCUGCCAUUGAACCGACCAUCAAGGCUAUCGAGCGGUGCAGGAAGGAAGGCAUUCAGAUCGCGUGGCUCAACUGGGGCCUCAACGACCAUGAUCUGAAGACCAUGGCUCCUGCCAUUCAGCGCGGCUUCAGCAAGACCUUGGGCUGGCAUGUUGGUCUUGGAGCGCAGCUGCCCGGCCGACAAGGAAGAUGUCUGUUCAAGCGAACCUGGAACGCCGACCUCUACGAACCCAUGAAGGCAGUGGCUGAACCUGGCGAUCUCUUCUUUGACAAGACGCGUAUGAGCGGACUGUGGUCUACCAAAGAACCGCUCCACGAGUAUCUACGAGCAUCUGGCAAACAGACCUUGCUCUUUGCUGGAGUUAACACCGACCAGUGUGUGUUCGGCACUGUGUCUGAUGCCUACUCUUACGGAUGGGAUUGCAUCCUGCUCAACGACUGUACGGGCACCAUGACGGGUCGCGGCGCUCAGGAGCUUGCCGAAUACCAAAUCUCGCAGAACAUGGGCUUCGUGACUACCAGCAGCGCGCUCUGUGAAGCUCAGAUGAUCUGUUCAGCCCAGCGCUCGCUCUUCCAGGCAAACAACAACCUCUCAGCUCACACAACUCCAAAGGCUUUCAAGCAGUUCGAGCAGAUAAUCGACGACUUCCUCCCCAGCCUAACACUCAGUGUCUCCUGGCCCAAAACCCACGCCAAACUCGGCAACACCAUCAAGCCCAAACACCUCCAAAAACAGCCCACCAUCACUCUCCAUGAUGAAACCACCUCGGACAUGACCUACUACAUCACCCUCACCGACCCCGACGCCCCUUCGCGUGAGAAUCCCAAAUGGAGCGAAAUGUGCCACUGGAUCGCUACCAACCUCACCUCAUCCUCAAACACCAUCCCCAUGCCCAUCUCAGAGUCUGGUCCAGACGACGUAAUGCCCUACAAACCCCCCGGCCCACCGCCCAAGACCGGAAAACACCGCUAUGUGUUCCUCGUCUUCGCGCCGCGCAACGGCACCAGCGAGACGCUGCACCCGUCGAAGCCCGGGGAUCGGCAGCAUUGGGGCUUCGGAAAAGAGGGGAAGGGCGUGAGGGAGUGGGCGGGGGAGAAUGGACUGGUUGCUGUCGGGGCGCAGUUUAUUUACGCGGAGAAUGAGAAGCAGUAA